GUGAAAGUGAGACCGUUAAAAACAGUGAGACAAUAAGCGCGGUGAUGGACAAGUUUAAGACUGUUCUGAACAUCGCAAACCAGCAGACCAACCUCGGGAUCGGGAUGGUGGCUCUGCUCACGGCCGGGGGGGAGCAGAUCUUCUCCUCGGUGGUGUUCAAGUGUCCCUGCAGCCAGGAGCUGAACUUUGUGUACGGGAUCGUGUUCCUGCUGGUGCCCGCGCUGGCCCUGCUGCUGCUCGGGUACAUCAUCAGUAAGAAGACGUGGAAGCUGCUGACGGGUCUGUGCUGCCGGCGCAAGGAGCGGUCGUGCGGCUGGAGGAAGCUGUUCGCGACCGGGACCAUCCUGUUCCAGAUCAGCACCACCGCGCUGGUGGCCCCGUCCUCCUGGAUCGCCGUGGCUCUGCUGAACGGGAACUACUUUGAGUGCGCGAUGACCGGGGUGAACGCCUCCAAAGCGCGCCUGUGCGCAGGGAAACCGUCCGCGGAGCAGUGUCAGAAGGAGCUGUUCAGGUUCCCCUGCGGGAGGGCGAUCAGCGGGGUCCCGGACGCGGACAAGGAUGAUGUGCUGCUCACCCUCAGGGCUCAGUCUCAGAUUAUGGGUUGGCUUCUUAUCGCCUCCAUCAUGUUGUCCAACCUGCUGCUCGGCUGCAUGGCUCGCUGCGCCUCCCCCAUCAGCUACCUGCAGCUCAAGUUCUGGAGGAUGUACGCUCAGGAGGAGAGUUGCAUGAUCGAUUCUUUCUCGGCCAAACACGCCAAGGAGCUCGCUGAGAGGAACCUGAAGAGCUUCUUCAACCGCACGCCGCCUGAAGACAUCCAAACCCCCUCCAAUAAGGACUGGGAGAAGAUCUCCUCCCUGUACAAGUUCAGCAACAAAGACCACUACUACAGCACCUUGCACCGCUACGUGGAGAGAAAGCCGGAGGUCGACGACUCGCUGAUGAGGAUGGCUUCAAUGAAGUCGGUUGACUCGGACCAUGGCGGUAUCAACCCUCCUGUUCUGGGUUUUGUAGAUGAAGGUCAGAUAGGGGUGUGAGGAGGUGUGAGGAGAUGUUCCACCUGGGGUCUGAGUCCCCCUGGAGUAGAUCUCAGGGUGAGGCUUUGUCUACUCUGAGGUUUAUCCAGACCCAAUCUGAUGGGAUUUUAUUAAUGAAAUUAGUUCAGUUGAUUUUCAUUUUUUAUAGCAACUCACUUUCUUUUCAUUGCAUCCUG